UUUAAAAGAGAAAACUGGAAAGAUGAAAAUGAAAGUGGGGAUAAGUUUACUGAAAAUUCAGACACUAAAAUGCAUUGGAAUACCCAUAACACAAAGAAAGUAUUUCAAUGCCUGGAGUGUGGGAAAGGCUUUGGAUGCAAGGCUAACGUAACUUCCCAUCAAAGAAUUCACACCGGGGAGAAACCAUAUAAAUGCCUGGAGUGUGGGAAAAGCUUCUGUUACAGUGGAAGCCUUACUGUCCAUCAAAGAAUUCACACUGGGGAGAAACCAUAUAAAUGCCUGGAGUGUGGAAAAAGCUUCAGCCAGAAGGGAUAUCUUACUUUCCAUCGACGUAUUCAUACCGGGGAGAAACAAUAUAAAUGCCAGGAGUGUGGAAAAGGUUUCAAUCAGAGAGGAAACCUUACUUCCCAUCAAAGAAUUCACACUGGGGAAAAGCCAUAUAAAUGCCUGGAGUGUGGAAAAAGCUUCCGUCACAGUGGAAGCCUCACUGUCCAUCAGAGAAUCCACACCGGGGAGAAACCAUAUAAAUGCCUGGAGUGUGGCAAAGGCUUCAGCCAGAAAGGAUACCUUACCUUCCAUCGAAGAAUACAUACUGGGGAGAAACAAUAUAAAUGUCAGGAGUGUGGAAAAGGUUUCAAUCAGAGAGGAAACCUUACGUCCCAUCAAGGGAUUCAUAGCAAGGAGAAAAAACAUAAAUGCCUAGAGUGUGGGAAAAGUUUCAGUCAAAGUGGAAGCCUCACUUUCCAUCAAAGAAUUCACACCGGGGAGAAAAAAUAUAAAUGCUUGGAGUGUGGGAAAAGCUUUUGUCAGAAUGGAACACUUACCUCCCAUCAAAGAAUUCACACUGGGGAGAAACCGUAUAAGUGCCAGGAGUGUGGAAAAAGCUUUCGCCACAGUGGAAGCCUUACUGUCCAUCAAAGAAUUCACACUGGGGAAAAACGAUAUAAAUGCCUGGAGUGUGGCAAAGGCUUCAGCCAAAAAGGAUACCUUACCUUCCAUCGAAGUAUUCAUACUGGGGAGAAACGAUAUAAAUGCCAGGAGUGUGGAAAAUGUUUCAGUCAGAGAGGAAACCUUACUUCCCAUCAAAGGAUUCACACUGGGGAGAAAAAACAUAAAUGCCUGGAGUGUGGAAAAAGCUUCAGUCAAAGUGGAAGCCUCACUUUUCAUCAAAGAAUUCACACUGGGGAGAAAAACUAUAAAUGCCUGGAGUGUGGAAAAAGCUUCUGUCACAAUGGAAGCCUCACUGUCCAUCAAAGAAUUCACACUGGGGAGAAACCAUAUAAAUGCCUAGAGUGUGGAAAAAGCUUCAGCCAGAAAGGAUACCUUACUUUCCAUCGAAGUAUUCAUACUGGGGAGAAACAAUACAAAUGCCAGGAGUGUGGGAAAGGUUUCAGUCAGAGAGGCAACCUUACUUCCCAUCAAAGAAUUCACACCGGGGAGAAACCAUAUAAAUGCCUCCAGUGUGAAAAAAGCUUCCGUCACAGUGGAAGCCUCACUGUCCAUCAAAGAAUUCACACAGGGGAGAAACCAUAUAAAUGCCUGGAGUGCGGAAAAGGAUUCAGCCAGAAAGGAUACCUUACUUUCCAUCGAAGUAUUCAUACUGGGGAGAAACGAUAUAAAUGCCAGGAGUGUGGAAAAGGUUUUAGUCAGAGAAGAAACCUUACUUCUCAUCAAAGGAUUCACAACAGGGAGAAAAAACAUGAAUGCCUGGAGUGUGGAAAAAGCUUCAGUCAAAGUGGAAGCCUCACUUUCCAUCAACGAAUUCAUACCGGGGAGAAAAAAUAUAAAUGCCUGGAGUGUGGGAAAAGCUUCCAUCAGAGAGGAAACCUUACUUCCCAUCAAAGAAUUCACACCGGGGAGAAACCAUAUAAGUGCCCGGAGUGUGGAAAAAGCUUCCGUCACAGUGGAAGCCUCACUGUCCAUCAAAGAAUUCACACUGGGGAGAAACCGUAUAAGUGCCUUGAAUGUGGAAAAAGCUUCAGUCACAGUGGAAGCCUCACUGUCCAUCAAAGAAUUCACACAGGGGAGAAACCGUAUAAAUGCCUGGAGUGUGGAAAAAGCUUUCGUCAGAGAGGAAACCUUACUUCCCAUCAAAGAAUUCACACCGGGGAAAAACCGUAUAAAUGCCUGGAGUGUGGGAGAAGCUUUCGUCACAGUGGAAGCCUCACUGUCCAUCAAAGAAUUCACACAGGGGAGAAACCGUAUAAAUGCCUGGAGUGUGGAAAAGGUUUCAGUCAGAAAGGAUACCUUACUUCCCAUCAAAGUAUUCAUACUGGGGAGAAACAAUAUAAAUGUCAAGACUAUAGUGUAAUCCUUACUUCUCAUCAAAAAAUUCUCAAAGGAGGAAAAGAAAUAUAUAAAUGCCUGGAUUGUGGAAAAAGCUUGAGCCCUAAAGGAAACUUACUUUCCAUCAAAAGAUUCACACAGGGGAGAAAAAGUAUAAAUGCCUUGAGUGUGGAAAAUGCUUCAGUCAUAGUGGAAACCUUAUUCAUUUUUUUUUAAAAAAAACACACAGGAGAGAGAAAAUAUAAAUGCUGGAAUGUGAAAAAGGCUUCUGUCACAGGAGAAUUUGAUGGGAAUCCUCACUUCCCGUCAAAGAAUUCACAUAGAAGAGAAACACUAUAAAAUAAUGGAAUAUGGGGAAAGCUACCAUCAAAGUGGAAACCUUACUUCCCAUUAAACAGUUCAGCCUAGGGAGAAAAAAUAUAAAUGCUGGAAGCCUCACUUCCAAUCGCAGAAUCCACACACAGUAGAAACCAUAUAAAUAUCUAGAGUCUGGGAAAAGCUUCAGUUACAAUGGAUACCUUACUUCCCGUUGAAGUAUUAACACUGGGGAGAAACAAUAUGAAUUACAGAAGUGAGGGGAAAGUUUCCAUCACAGCGAAAGCCUCAGUUCCCAUCAAAGCGCACAGGGGAGAAAGCAUAUGAAUGCCUAGAGAGAGGGAAGAGUUUCAGUCACUGUGGAAGCCUUAGUUCCCAUUAAAGAAUUCACAGGGGUGAGAAACCAUCAGAAUGCUUAGUGUGUGGAAGGAUGUUACAUCAAAUAAAUUGGUUUACAAAAUGGAAGGCAAUGCAAUAAAACAGUGUAAUAAUGUAUUCCAUAGUUCUGUAUAAUUAUAUAAAAGAUUUCAGAUAUUAGCUGCUAAAUCCUGAGACCUUGUCAGCCUCAUUAUAGAUACAGUGGUGUGACUGUGCUACGAUGCUGGCCCUGAUGGUUACCCGCCCCCAGACAUUCUGUGGAGAAAGAGGAACCAUAUGCACCACUCUUCAAGGCCCAGAUUGCAGAGUUAGUGUGCCAGAGACUCUUAACAACUGCGGCAACACCCACCAGUCACAGAUCUGAGCCCAGUGAUGUUCCCCUGAGUGGCUGAAGGGGGUGCAUCCAGCCCCCACCUGCCAACACAGCCAUAUCCCCUUAAACCCCCUCCCAUUGGAGUACCAGAGGACAGGGAGGAAAGACCCAGCAACUGCACAACCACAACAGAGGUCAGUGAUGUCAGCAACACUCCACCAUGCCCCAGAGAUGAGUCAUGUAGGGUUGCCAACUUACAGCUGGGCCCUGAUGUUCUCCUGUUACCAUAGAGACCAGGUUUCCUUUGAAGCAAACUGGAGCUUCUGAAGGCAGGCUAUCAUAUCCUUGCUUAGUCCCUUCCCCUUCCCAAACUCUGUCCUCUUGAAGCACUGCCCUCAAAUCAUCAGGAAUUUCCCAGGCCCCAGCUGGCAGCCCUAGAUCCAUGUCUGAGUCAUAGCUCAUUCCCCACUUGCCAGGCAGAGUGAUGGCAGACACCAGUGGGAAAAUAGGGCAGCACCCUGAGCAAAGUUUUAACCCCCACUUAAAAGUCUCCUGGGUAAGGGCACCCAUGUGUCAAAUGGGACAGGUGGGUCUGAGCCACUGGAGGGCAGAGAUGGAGGCCAAAAAAAAAGCCCACCAAAACAGAAGGCAGAGUCUGAGGUUGAGCCCCUGGCCAUGACGCCUAGGACUAGCUUCCUUACCAUCUGGCUGAGCAGGAAUACCCAAAGGAGGAACACCAUUGUGUGUUAGGUAUUCCAUUGCAGCCCUGACAGUAAAGAAUAACUGAAAAGAUCACUGAGACAGCAAGAGAGAGAGGCCGUCUCUGAAACUAUGGAGCCCUGCUCCUACGUUUACACCCUUUUCAAGGUAUCUUCCCCCUUGUCUCAUGGGGUCACUCAAUGAAGAAGGUUGUCCAAGUCCUUAAGGUCACUUGGCUCAGGGUCUUGUAAUGAGAAAUCAUAAGAUGUCUGUUGUACGGGCCCCAUGAUUUAGCCAUAGUUCUUGGCAUGAAAAUUUAACCACUAAGGGAAAACACAAAAAUUCCAUGUGAAUUUCCCCAACUUAGUGUCUUAUUAUUUUGAACACUGGUUCAUGUUGCCUUCUUUGGCUUUCCCCGCUACCCAUUAAAAUACCAGGAAUUCAACCUCUCAAGCAAGUCCUAAGUCAUUUUGCCUUUGUUCCCUAAGGAUCAUCGAAAAACAAUAGGAAAUUACCUAACUGCUCUCAUUAACGCCAAACAGAUGUAUGUCUCUCUUAGGCAGAUCAUAAGUGACAUGCCUGGGGAUGCUGGAUCUCGAACUUGGCCCAAGCCUGUCCAGCUUGUCCAAGAACUUCUGAGGAACUACUGAGAAAGAAAUUCUGCUAGACUGACUCUGUUUUGAAGCUAAUUCUGAGCUGACAGCCAUAAAAAGCAAAAGAGCAAGUCG